GUCGUGGGGAGGUCAGUGCCGCGUUCGCCGGAGGGGCGGCGUGGAGGCGGCGGGUUCCUCCCGCUCCCAGGUGCUGGCGGGGACCUCACCGUCACCUCCCACUCCUGCCUGCCAGGUUUCGGGGCGGGCGGCUGCCCUUCUUUUUUCCUUCACGUCAUGGAGGAAAAUGCUGUGCCGCACACCCAUCACACGCCCCGCGCACACAAGAGCGCCCCUUCGAGCCGAGCAGGGCGCCGGCCCGGGACGGCCGCGAUCCGCUCGGGUGAGAGCGCGACCGGCGGGCACGUCCCGGGACAGCAGCAGCGAGACGUGCCGGUCCGCGAAGAGCUGAGCCCUAACUUGGCGGAGCGGCGUGCUGGGGCGGCAGCAGCUCCCGCCCUGCUCCCAGCGGCUUCGCUGUAGGCGCAAAUUUGGAUGCUUGGCCGUGGCGGCGGAGUUUGGGAGGAGAAGGAGGAAAGGGCGGCACUGUGCGACUCCGCGGGAGCGCAGCGGGCGGCGCUGCGCGGGGCAGGGAGCGCCGGGCCGGGCGGGGCGCUGGAGGCGGCCCGAGCAGCAGUAGGAGGGUCGGUUCCGGUACUGCGUGAGCGCUCCGAAAUAAUGUCAUCCCUACUACUUCUAUGGGUCCGACUUCAUACGCACGUGAAGCACUGAUACUGGUGGAGGCUGCGGGCAGUGACAGGAUGGAGCAGAUGCUAGGACUUGGUUUGCCCAUUGAGCUGGCUGUACCCAUAUUGAUCUCCUGGGACAGAGCAUCCUAAAGAGGGGAAGAGACCGCAGCAAAGGCCAGGAGAAUGAAGAGACGCAAGUGGUCCUACAAAUGUCCCUCACGAAGGAAGAUCUUGAUUCUGUGUGUUACUGGGUGGCUGAUUGCGCUGCUGAAGCUCCUCCAUGUCGAAAGACACUUUUUUCCCUCUAGAGGCAUUUACUUAGUUGAGCACUUCUUGAGCACUUCUUCUUAUGUUAGAAACAGAUAUUCAUACCCUAGAAAUGAGUUCCAGUAUGAAAUUAAUUGUUCAUCUAUAUAUGAACAAGAUCCUCAUGAAAUUGGCAAGAGUUUGGAGAUAAGAAGAAAAGAAAUAGUUGAUUUAGCUGAUGAAGAUGUUGUAGCAAUGACAAGUGACUGUCAUGUGUAUCGUUCACUUAGGAAAUACCAGUUAAAACCUGUUUCUCCAGAGGAGGAGAGUUUUCCAAUUGCCUAUUCUUUGGUUGUUCACAAAGAUGCAGCAAUGGUAGAAAGGCUCAUACAUUCAUUGUACAGUCGUCAAAAUAUUUACUGCAUUCAUUAUGAUCAAAAAGCAGCAAAAAAUUUCAAAUCUGCUUUGAACAAUCUAGCUAAAUGCUUCCCAAAUAUUUUCAUUGCAUCAAAAUUGGAGACAGUGGACUAUGCACAUAUUUCACGUCUGCAAGCAGAUUUCAAUUGUUUGUCUGAUUUGAUGGACUCUCCAGUUCCUUGGAAGUAUGUUAUCAAUUUGUGUGGCCAAGAUUUCCCUUUGAGAUCAAAUUUCGAGUUGGUUGCUGAACUGAAGAAACUUGGUGGAGGAAACAUGCUGGAAACUUCAAAGCCAAGCAGUAGCAAAAGAGAACGAUUUACUUAUCACUAUGAACUUAUGAAAGUGCCUUAUGAAUACAUGCAGAUGCCUGUAAAAACCAACAUUUCCAAGAAUCCGCCACCUCAUGAUAUUGAGAUAUUUGUAGGCAGUGCCUAUUUUGUUUUAAGCCGAGAAUUUAUUCAAUAUACCCUUGAAAGCUCGCUUGCAAAAGAUUUUUUUGAGUGGUCAAGGGACACAUACUCUCCAGAUGAACAUUUCUGGGCCACACUUGUACGUGUCCCCGGCGUCCCUGGGGAAGUUCCAAGGUCAUCCCAGGAUGUAACAGACUUACAAAGCAAAACUCGUCUGGUGAAAUGGAAUUAUCUUGAAGACUAUUUGUAUCCUCCCUGCACUGGUACCCACCUUCGCAGUGUCUGCAUCUAUGGGGCUGGAGAAUUAAGGUGGCUUCUGAAUUACGGACACUGGUUUGCCAACAAGAUUGACUCCAAAGUAGAUCCUGUCCUGGUAAAGUGCUUGGCAGAAAAGGUGGCAGAACAACAGAAGGAGUGGGUGCAUUUGUCCUCUGAUGAGCACUUUCUGCACUUAAGUUCUACAAAUGCCUUGACAUAGCAGCGCUAUGUUCUCUGCUGUCCCUGCUGUGUGCACAGCACCUGCAGUCCUGCUGCCUUGACCGGCUGCAGGGUGGCAGUGAGGAAAAAGUCCAUUCUGUAUAACGUCUGGGGCCCUACAGAGCCAGGUGCCUGGCUAGUUAUUUUUGUAAAGUAAUUUCUCACUGAAUAACUGUUUUGCCACAUUAAACCUGUAAUUGUCUUCAGGGUGAUUCUGAGAUGGUGAAGUUUGCUUUUGGAGGCUCUUACGCUCUCUGUCCCAGUGGAGUAUUUCAGAAAUGUAUUUUACUUCAAGUGUGUUUGUAUCUUUUAUGAGAAACUUCAGCGCUUCUGUCUGCCUGUCCUCUUUUCCUUCACUUUUGCUUUUAUUAAAGGAAAAAAGGGAAGACCUCUGUAUCUGCUACCUCAGGAAAACUGCAAGUGCCCAUCUCACAGAAAAAACCAAGAGAUCAACAGG